AUGGUCAUGGACGAAUUCCCUCGGCCGCCAAAUCGCCGUGGCGUAGCGGCACCUGGGAGUCCCAGGCACGGCCGUAAUCGCCAUGAAGGCUUCUCUCCCCCAAACACCCCGCCGUCUUUGGUCCGGAAGCAAAAAUCGCCGCAGUCUCUCAAUUUGGAUAUUCGCCCCUCGUACCCUCAGACAUUCUUCGAAGAUACCACGCCGGUCGAACCAAGCCGCCCGAGCGAGUCUGGAGACGAGCCGGAUCCACACGAUUUGGCAUUGUCGCCCAAGCAUAUCACUCGGACCUCCGUCGUUGACAACAUGCUCCUUUCGCUAGACCAAUUCGUCCCCGGCUCGCCAUUGUUCUCUGAGCCUCGCUUUUUUGGCGGCUCGCCCGAACCCGAUCGCUAUGAUGCCAAUCGUUUUCCCGAUUCUGGUCGCUUGAGGGGCCAUACCUAUUCGUCGUCUGCAUCCUCCGGACCAUACCACGAAGACAUUUGUGAUUAUCCCUCGGUGCCUCGUUCUGCCGGCCCUCGAAGCAACAAUGGCUCCGCUUUUCAAAUUCCCCAACGUCACUAUGAUGGCUCACGCACUGGAGAAAACACCAGCGCCCCUUAUCGUUCUAGGAACUAUGAGCCCACCGAGGGCCCUCGUGCUAAGCAUCUAUACUCUGGACAUUCGACUCGGCAACAAAGUAUAGAUAGCGUCUCUAGUACUGAUUAUGAACCCACUAUCGGGGAGAACGUGACUGAAUACAACGAACGAAGCUCCGCGAGUUUGGAUUAUGACCCCGCAACUGACUCACGGCCGUCAACAGAUGAUCUGGAAGCGGCACCAACCCCAACUGUGCCUGCUGGCCCUAGAAGAGACCUACCACGCGACCUGUCAGGGAUACCUGCCAACUUCCCUCAGCCGCGAACUCCUGCUAUGUCUCGCCGCAACAGCAACAAAUCAUCCAAGAGCGUCGCUACCCGAAAGGGCCAUUCCGAGACGCUUGGAACUUCGACUAUCAGAAACCAAGAACCAGCACCUCCUUUGCCGUCGAAUGUAAUUGACCCGACUGCGCCUAGUCCCGCGGUUUCUUAUCAGAAGCCCACGCCUACAUCCGCCGAGUCACCUCAGGCCAAGGAAAGGCCUGGCUUCUUCAGACGAGUUUUUGGUGGGUCGUCCAAGACCCCUACUCCCGACAAGACCACUCCCGAUCAAACGCCGCCGACUGAAACCGCAAAGGUACCAACAAGGCCCAGCGUUCCCUCGAAUAACCAGCCCCGCCAAGAUGAGAAACAUCCGGUAGUGUCUAAGAAGCCAUCUUUCUUCCGUCGCCGGAAGAAGUCAGUGGUUGACCAUACUCCUCCGCCAUUGAUUCUCGCCCCUAAUACGCUGAAAGCGCUCGACAUGCAAGGACAACCUAGCCCGGCGAGCAGCCUUCGCCAGGUAAUGGACCCUUAUUUGGGCGAGUCUAUACCUUCCCCGACACUUCAAAGCUCCCAAGACCAACCGGAUGACAGCCCAAGAAGCUUUGGGCGUAGGGGAACUGGGGAUUCAGAUACUUCUUUCCCUGGAGACCCCCCUCCUCGCAAUGCAGCUCGACUGACUCACACCGCGGAUGGUUCGGCCAAGAAGAGUGCUUUGAAAAACAAACAGAGUCUCAACCUUCAGACCCCCAAUAACGGCACUUUUUUGGUCGGUAAGAGUCCAACUGAAGCUAGCAGCAAGUCGGAUGGCCAGCGAGAUUGGAGACCCAAGACGAGCCCUGCUCCUCGCGGCACUUUGGAUCAUAGCUCCUAUGCACUCGGUAUCGAUGACAAACUACCGCCAAAAGCGUCAAAAAAUCUCUUGCCACAACUCGAAACCCCGGGCACCAGCUUCCUCCAUACCUCGGCCACUUCCAGUCGUGGCUCUUUGCGCGAAGACUUACCAGUAGACCCGAAUAUGUCCGCCUCCGAAAUAUCGCAAUACCACACAGCAUCGAACACUCCAUUAACUGAGACACCAAUCAUCAUGACUGAGUCAUUCCAUGACGUAGUUGAAGGAUCUCCAGGAAAAUCGACUGAUGUUGAAGUCGAAAUUACCGAUGAUCCAGUUACUGCUGCAGAUCGAGAGCUGGCCCAAAAACUCUUUGAGGACCAAGAAGAAAUAACAGGCAAUGAGCCUGCAGCGUCCUGGUUGGGAAGCGUUGAUCGAGUCACGGUGCGAAAGGCUUACAUGAGUCUUUAUAAUUGGACUAAUAUGGAUAUCCUGGCCGCCCUGCGAAGUCUUUGUACAAAGAUCGCCUUGAAAGGAGAGACGCAGCAGGUCGACAGAGUUUUGGAUGCCCUGUCUACCAGGUGGUGUGAAUGCAAUCCUAAUCAUGGAUUCAAAGCCGUCGAUGUGGUUCAUACCAUUUGCUAUUCUCUGCUCCUUCUCAAUACCGACUUGCACCUGGCAGAUAUUGAAUCAAAAAUGACGAGAUCCCAGUUUGUACGCAACACAUUGCCGACGAUCAAUCGCGUGGCGUCCGAUGCCGCCCCUGACGGAUUUGAGACAAUCAAAGCGAGUAAUACCAAAUCUCGCGGACAAUUGAGCUCAGUAUACAAAUCUCCUACUCUACCUUCAUCUGAGCUGAUGCCUUCGAACGAAGGAGAGACAAGGUCCAAAAGAGGCUCCGUCCUAAUGGAGAAGUCUGGUUCCUCUGGGGCUUUGGUGAACACGCCGUUCCAAGGCACAAUCAAAGCAUGGGAGGUUCAAGUUGAGAUCGUCUUGAAAGACUUUUACAAUUCUAUCCAAAAGCAACGUCUUCCCUUGUAUAAUGCACCCGUGGAACAAGAGGGUCUUGCACCUCCUUCGGCUACCGGUAAUGUUCUUCGUCGCAGUCCUAGUGUGCUCAGCAAGUCCGGUUCGGAUAUCAUCCCUCGUGGCCGAUCUACCGAUUCACGAGCGGUUGCAGGAAGGUGGGCAUCGAAGCCACGGUCAAGAGCUCGAUUAUAUCCAUCAUCAACGCUAGGCUCGAGUCGUACCAGCCUGGACGACCAAUCGUCUAUCUGGAGUCCGUCAGGGUCAAGUACAUGGAGCAAGUAUUCACUUGGGAAAACCCUUACUUCCAUGUCGGUAGACUCAUUUGGUUCCGAAUAUCCUCGCGGUGGUGGUUAUCAGCAGUCUAUUGGGUUUGCCAAUGCACUCAGCCAUGCGAUUAUCCGAGAGGACUCGGCACACUCGAUUACGAGUUACGAUGAUCCUGAAACAAAUGCUCCGCUACUCGAAGACGAAACAUUGGAACUUGCGGGAGCUCCAUGGGCCAAAGAAGGCAGUCUUAAACACAAGCAGCACCUUGAGGCUGUCGAUAAGCGUGCUAAGGACCGCAAUUGGAACGAAUGUUUCGCUGUCAUCCAACGCGGAUGGCUGCGGCUCUUCUCGUUUAAUGCCAACAGCAAGUCGAUGCGCAUGAAGUCGAAACAGCGACAAAACGGAGGCGGCGGCGUCGUGGGAGGAGGAAACUGGAUGGAAAACGCAGAGGAAGUUUGGAAAUUCCUUCUCCGCCAGACCAUUGCGAGCGCUUUACCUCCCCCGGGCUACUCAAAGUCACGUCCGCAUGUGUGGGCUCUUAGUCUGCCUACCGGCGCAGUGCAUUUGUUUCAAGUCGGCACAGCCGAGAUUGUGAAGGAAUUUGUUACGACGGCAAAUUACUGGAGUGCUCGACUGUCCAAACAACCCCUGGUAGGUGGAGUCAGCAACAUGGAGUACGGCUGGGGCGACAGCGUCAUCAACAGCGCCAUUGUCCAGAUGGACAGACGCUCACCCACCAUCAACUCCACCGGUGGACCACGCCCCAGCAUCCAAAGCUCAAUCCGCAGCUCCUUGGACCAACAGAGCGGUGGCAGCAUCAGAGCAAAGCUCCCUGCAGAUCGUGUGCACCUGAGCGACUGGACUCCACCGCAGCAAACAAUGAGCGCAUCCAGCCUGACUGAGCCGGAUCAACUCGGCGCUCUCCAAACUUACGUCAAGAACGUCGAAGACGAGCUGCAAAAGCACAACGAACUGCGCUCCGCCAUGAUGCUUGCUUUCUCGCCGCGCCAUCCAAACUCGUCCAAGGCCAUGGCCAACUGGGAACGCAAAUCGUCUUAUUUGCUGAGAGAAAUUGUCAAGUUUCGAACGUAUAUCGACUGCUUACAGGCGGCCAAGGGCCAGCGAGAGAAACUGUAUGCUUCUCGCGAGGAUCCUACCCCUGCCACUUGA